GGAGAAGGGGCGGCUUGGAGCGGGGCACAGGGCCGAGUUCUGCCGGGAGUGGUCCCUUUCCUCCGCCCCUGGUGUGCUCGGCGGCUCCCGCUGCAGAGCCACGCCGCUUCCCAUUUAGCCUAAGCUGGGCGUGCAAGAACCAGGGCCAGGCAAGGCGGGGGAGAGAAGCCGCAUCCCCGGGCAGCUGUAUCCCUCCUCCGCAUCCCUGCUCCGCAUCCCCGGGCAGCCUGAGCUGGUACCCUCUGCAGGAAGUUAAAGGAAGGACAGAACAAGAAAGCAUCAUGUCUUCAGUCUCAGCUUAUUACAAUGGAAAGACCGUACUUAUCACAGGAGCUACAGGUUUUAUGGGCAAAGUACUGGUGGAAAAGCUUCUGCGCUCCAGCCCUGAAGUGAAAGCAGUUUAUAUACUUGUCAGGCCAAAGGCUGGACAAUCAAUGCAAGAGAGAGUGGCCAACAUGUUGAAAUGCAAGGUCUUUGACAGGGUCCGAGAAGAUUGCCCUAAUUUCCACGAGAAGAUUAAGCCUAUUAACGCUGAACUCACUCAGCCCAAGCUGGCCAUCAGUGCUGAAGAUGAGGUGGAGCUUCUAACCCGGGUCAAUAUUGUCUUCCACUGUGCAGCAACAGUUCGCUUUGAUGAACCCCUGAAACAUGCUGUGCAACUGAAUGCAGUAGGCACGCAGCGGCUUCUUGAGCUGGCCCGGCAGAUGCAGAACCUCGAGGCGUUCAUCCAUAUCUCCACUGCCUAUGCAAACUGUGUCCGGAAAUGCAUAGAUGAAGUCAUCUACCCACCCCCAGCUGAACCCAAGAAGCUCUUCGAUUUAGUAGAGUGGUUGGAUGAAUCUAUCAUUCAAGACAUCACGCCCAAGCUCCUUGGGGCCUGGCCUAACACUUAUACCUACACCAAAGCCCUGUCAGAGUACCUGAUUCAGCAAGAGAAAGGAAACUUGAACAUUGCUAUCAUCAGGCCAUCCAUCGUGGGAGCUAGCUGGCAUGAGCCUUUCCCAGGUUGGAUUGACAGCUUCAAUGGGACAAGUGGAAUACUUGUUGCGGCAGGCAAAGGGAUUCUGCGGACCGUCAUCGCCAACAAUGAAGCAGUAGCAGAUAUGGUUCCAGUAGAUGUUGCCAUCAACCUUACCCUUGUGGCUGGGUGGUACACUGCUGUGCACAGACCAAAAAACAUGUUGGUGUACAACUGCACAACAGGUGGAAUCAACCCUUUCUUCUGGGGAGAAAUGGAGCAAUAUGCCAUGUCCACAUUCAAAAGGAACCCGCUGGAGCAGGCCUUCCGAACACCCAAAGCUCACAUGACAUCUAACUACUUGAUAAACCAGUACUGGAUAACUGUCAAUCACAAGGCACCAGCCUUACUCUAUGACCUGUACAUGAGGCUUACAGGGAGAAAGCCAAGAAUGAUGAAGAUUAUCAAUCGGCUGCACAAAUCUAUGAUGCUCCUGCAGUAUUUCUCCACCCAGUCCUGGGACUGGUCUUCAGAUAAUAUGAAUAUGUUAUUGAGUCAGCUUAACACAGAGGACAAAAAGUUAUACAACUUCGAUGUUCGUCAGCUACACUGGUCAGAAUACAUUGAAAGCUACUGCCUAGGUGCUAAGAAGUACUUGCUAAAUGAGGACAUGGCUGGCAUUCCAGCUGCAAAGCAGCACUUAAGAAAGCUGAGGAACAUCCGAUAUGCAUUCAACACCACCCUCCUUGUGAUCAUCUGGCGCAUUUUCAUUGCAAGGUCACAGAUGGCUCGAAACAUCUGGUACUUUGUGGUGAGCCUCUGCUACAAGUUCCUUUCCUACUUCAGGGCAUCCAGCACCCUCAGGCACUGAAGCCGUCCAUCAGCAACCAGCUUUUUCCAGAAGGGAUCUCCAUCUCCUCUAAUCAGCAACUAUGGGCAUCAAGGUCUGAAAGUAGCAGAAAAAUCCACUCCCUCCAACAGCAGCCUGCAUUUAUUGUGAACUGUCAUAUGUUCACCUUUUUAAUUUUAACUAAUGCUUUAAUACAUGGUGGUCUUUCUUCCAUAGGACCAGGCCAAUUUUUAAAGCCAUAAAUGAAGAUUUAGGAACAGGUCAAGCUGGAACCAUUCAUCUAGAGUCUGAUGUGCAAGAGUAAAGAUUAACCAAAGUCAUUGUGCUCCCAUGUACUACCUAGGCUAUAUUAAUCCUAUUUUCUUCCUCAGAAGAGGCAAAUUUAAAGGAUACUACCUUAGAAGAAAUAGAUGCCAUUAGAGAAGACCCAGCCAAGGAAAUUAACUGUAAGAGGUCUUCCUAGAGAAGUUAUUCCUUCAUUCUCCUUUAGUGAAAUGGUACCUUACUGAAACAAACUGACUUCACAUUUUCAGUUUUUCAAAACUUAGGGGGUGGGGGGAAUCAGUUACACUAGGCCAGUGAACACACUGAACACUUUUCAGAUCUUGUCCUGUAUUGCUACUGAGGACUGAUAUUUUCAAGCCAUAGCUGAAGACAUGCAUAGAAUUUAUGUACCUGUGUCAACUCUGCUCACACACAAGCUGCUUUCUUAUGGAGAGGUAUUUUUUACUUUCUGUGGUUAAGGUUCAGUCUAUUAAAACACGCUGUUCUUGCAGUUAUCACAUUUGCUUGGAACAUUUUUUCCUGCUUGAAAAAUGCUAUAUUUACUCUGAGAAGACUUCUUAAAAGACUGAAGAAGCAUUCAGAAAUUCUUUUGUUACUUUGGAGGAAUAGGUCUUUUUUCUUCCUUGGAUUUGUCUACAGAAAACUUAUCUCCCUAUAGCUCAAAAAUAUCCUGAUACUGUCCUUCAUGCUUUCAUUACAGCUGAAUCACUUUGCAGUUGAUCACUUCCACUGGCAAAGCGUAAAGACAUGUACAGAGGAAAUCCCAUCAGGCCAGUUCUGCUGCCACUCCUGAAAAUUGUUUUUGUUGGAAAAGGAAAGGUUUCAUUGACUUCUGUGCUAAAACAAUCAUGCACUGUGAAGGCAAUGCAUUUUGUCCUACAGUGCAGUUUAGAAAGGAACCCGAGGAUCUUCCUAACACUCAUGGCUGUUGGAGAUACUUGUUUCACUAGUGAAGUAUGAAUUCCUGUGGGGGCAGAAAGAAAGAGAGCGCCUUCUUCAAAGUAGCUGGUGCAACAGCGGCCUUAGUGCAACAGCAGCAAAUUUGUCAUGCUAUCAGAUUUGGAGUCAAAUCUAAUAUUGGAAUAUUUUUUAUUCAGAUCACACUGAAUAAGCACUUUAUCAGACUUUGAAGCAGCUAGUUUAUGAAACAAUGCAACAUCCAGUUUCAGUACUCCUGUAUCAUGCUAACUGUCUGAAAAAGUAAUGCUACAUCACAAAAACUGGCACAGUUGCUCUUUUGAGAGCUGAGAAUAGCAGAGUAUUUACAAAGCUGGCAUUCUUCAAAAAUUACACUUGGUUUUUUGGCAGUGAAGGCAAGAGCAAUUUAAGAUGACAAUAUAUUUAUAUGUUAGGCCUCCAAGCUAUUUAAAAAGUUUUUCUAAGGGUGCAAGGAAUUACCUUCCUCCCUAUGCCACAGAGGUUUGGUUUCAAUCAGUUGCCAAAGGAUGCCUGCAGCAGAACUUGACCCGAAACAUCGUGCCCAGAAUGGCAAGGCUCUGGCUUUCCCUAGCGAAGAUCCGUGUGUCUGUCACACAUUACUUUUGAUCUGUGCUCAACUAGGUCAAGCACCCAGUUUGCAAAGAUGCAAGUUUUCUAAGCUUCAGCCUUGAAAACAUGCAUCCAAAAUGAAAUGAUGAUAGUUGUCAGCUAUGUGUUUUCCAACUCCAGAAAGCUGUCAGUGCAUGCUGUGCAUUGCAUGUUAGCAAGGUGUCCCCACCUGAGAAACUAGGAGUUAUAGGUUCAGGCACUGCAGACCAGAUGUUUCAUGUGUGGUGUUUCUGUAGCAGCGUAUAAGGUGACAGUCAGCUGCAUUAUAUUUGGCUAUGCAGAGAAUGUGGCUACCAAGGUGGAGUGAGGCAGGUUGCUGUGGGGAUUCCACAUAAGCCAGCUUCCAGUCUUCUCAUAUGAAAGACUGAAAAACAAAACAAAACUGCAGAUUAUUUUGAAACAAACUUCAUUUAUAAAAGUAGGUAAGAAUUUUACCUCCUAUAAGUCUUUUUAAGUGCUUGCCUUAUGUACAAAGAGAAGCAACAGCUAAGGGAUCAGAAGUCUUAUACUGUGUACAUCAUAGAGAAAAACUUGAGUCUCACAGAAAAGUGAAAUACUGCAGACUUGUUGCAGUUAUAACAGCUGACUGGUGUAGACCAACCUGACUAUGAGUAGUGUCCUGCCUUUCCUUCCACAAUGCUAGUCACGCCAUGCCUUCAUAACAUAUAUCUGUGGGCAUUCAGAGUUAUUUGCACCUAUUGUCCCAACAAGUUUGAGAUGUAUCUUUGAUCACUAUGAGUGGUGAUCAGUUUUCUGCACGUGCUUCAGGUUUCACACAGAACAACAGUGGUAUCUUGUUUUUAAGCUCUCCAGCAUUUUGCUGAAAAACAGCAGGAGCUGCUUGGGAUGUUAGAGGAACAUAGCUGUUGCAGAAGGUGUGUGUUCUCCUGGAGACCUUUUGUAGCCCAUACAGCAUUGCCAGCAGCUGGCUUCAGAGUUCUGGCCUUGCUGGGCGUGGAAUCAAGCUGUUAGCUUUUCUUAACUUAGACCUUUACACAGUGAAACUUGCAUCUUUUUAAUUCAUUCUCUUGUGGCUUGAGAUGUUUUCAGGCAGUCAUUUGAACCACAGAAAAAAUUAAGAACAACUUCAGUGCAGAGACUGACAUGUGGCAGUGGCCUUUGGGUGCCAGCUGUGACUGUCGUCAUGGAGAGAUGGACCUGGCAUAAGAAUUUGUUCUCACCUAAAGCGGUGACCUAUCAUUGGUGUUUCACUGUGUGCUCCUCAGUGUAUUUGUAUUUUGCUAUGAAGAAACCCAAGCCUUGGGGAAAAUAUCGAAAAGAAAAGAAAGCACUGAGUGACAGCCACUUCUUUUCUUCCCUGUUUUAUCUCCUGCUCUUUCAUGUAUACUCACAAGCUUUUGACAAAAGAAAAGCCAAGUGCAGUUGUUAUUAAGUUAAAUCAGAGGUCCUGUGGCAGCUGUGCACAAGUUAAUACAGACAACUCGGGAGUGGAUAUUACUCAUGAAUGAAAGCUAGAGCUUUUAAGCCUGAAGCAGGACUCAAGGUGGUUUUCUUUUUUUUCGUGCAGAGGUAGCAUGGUCAGUACUACACGGGGAGAGAGGAGUAGGAGGAACAUUUCUGUAACCUCUGCUCAUAGACUGCAGGAAUCAUUUCUAGGCACGGAGCAUCCAGAUCAAUGAGCAAAGGGAGACCCGGGGGGGAUCAGAGAAGUAUGAGCUGCCAAACUCAGAGGACUCCGCCUCCCAAGGAGUAGGGGAAGAGCUCCAUUUUCAUUUUGCUAAUGUCAGUUUGGGUUCUUGUAAUAAAACAGGAACUAAAAAGGCUCCUCCGUGCUUCCCCCAACAGGCAGCAUAGGGAAUAAUAUUGGCAGUCAUUCUGCACAGCUACAAAGAAAAUAUCUGCCACAAGACAGUAAAAUGGGAUUAUCCUCUGUAAUUGUACCCUACGAACUUCCAGUGUAUCUACUCCCUCACAGUGUCAGAAGCCUGCAGUGCUGCUACAGAAAAUACAUGGACCCUUGCUGAACCCAGUGUAGUGUUUGUUAAUACUAUGCAUAUACGCUAGUCUGUAGACUAUAGCUACAAAUUGCUAUGUGAUAGCAAUGAAACACUGAAUAUCAUUUCACUGUUAAAGAGCAAUGGGCAUAAGCUUGCAAUUAAGAAGUAUCUCUUUUUUUUUAUUGAAUUGCAAUAACAACAAAAUAAAAGUCCCUAAAAUUCAUCUGAGUUUAAACUGCCUUUUGAGUGGCAACAAAACCUGUUUAUACCCAGUAUGUCUGUUACAAAAAAACCAUAAUUUUUCUCCCUCUCCAUCCUCUAUUCCAAUAACUUUGUUAAGAAAAUACAACUCUUUCUUGGGGGGUGUGUGUGGGUGUAACAGACAUGCUGAUAUAUUACAGGUUGCUGGCACAUUACCUGUCUCCUCAAGAAAUUUGUUAUUUUCCAUUUUCUAAGAAAACAUCAUUAUAUAUGCCUGUGUAUAUAGUUACAUCUUUCACUACCAGUCUUCUCAUACAACGUAUGGAGACAGUAAAAAUAGUGGCACUCACAUUGACACGCCAGGCUGUGGUUGUUUGGUAUGCACUGUUCCAAUUCAGUUUAAGAUGAAGUGAUCCUAUCCUAGUUUCCAGUGUAAAGGAAACCUAACUUGUAGUACUAUUAAUCAAAUCCUCAUCAUGAAUAAGCAGCUGGGAAAAGAGGGGGGGGGGGGUAUUCUUUUGUUUGUAAAUAAGCUACCGCUUCAUGGUUGAAAGCAUGCUGUUGCUCUUCCAGCGUUGACGUUCUACCGCAGAAAGCAAGGAUGAACUUUUAAUACAAUUGGUCCCUUUAUUCUAGUGCAGAGUAAACAACAUACUGUACAUUCCCCAGAAGCUAAAUGGUAAAUAUCCGAUUACAUGGUGCUAAAUAUUGGUAUGAAGGUGGUACAGACUUCAAGAGAAUUAAAGAAAAGGGGGGGUGCAGGUAUUUGGGGAGUAAUUAAAAUGUGCUAUCCCACUUUUCUCUAUUGCUUUAAAGUCAACUAUGAAUUGAGUUGGUUUGUUCAGAUUAACAUGAAACUGCUUGUAAAAGGUUUCUUGUUCUUAAAUAAUCUUGGCAGACCCCCAAUUUAUAGUAAAAUACGUACUCUCCCAGUGUCCACAGUUUAUAUGGUUCUAUCUGCUAUUUCUAUUCCUGUUAGCUAUGAUACAACUUAACUGUUAUAAAUCUUAAUUACAAAGUUUCUAAUGUUAAGGUGUAAUCUUUCUGAGCUCUCAAAUCAGAUAAAACAGUAAAGUUACAAAUUAUGACAACCUCAGCCAUAAAAUUGUUAAUAUGAUGUUUAUGUUAUUUUAAACAUUUAAUAAAACAAAAUAUUUUAAAACUA